GCAGCAGGUGUGGAGCGGCAGGAUGAGGAGACCUAACCUAUUGUUGACGGGUACUCCAGGCGUUGGGAAAACCACACUCGGAAAAGAGCUGGCAUCAAGAACGGGAAUGACCUAUGUUAAUGUGGGUGACGUGGCAAAAGAUGGAGAACUCUAUGAAGGUUUUGAUGAGGAGUAUGACUGUCCAAUUUUGGAUGAAGACAGAGUAAUAGACGAGCUAGAAGAUAAAAUGGGUGAGGGUGGAGUUAUUGUUGAUUAUCAUGGCUGUGAUUUCUUCCCUGAACGCUGGUUUCAUAUCGUGUUUGUACUUCGUACAGAAAAUUCAUUUCUCUAUGACAGACUUGAAAGCAGGGGAUACAAGGGGAAAAAGCUGCAAGACAACAUUCAGUGUGAAAUUUUUCAGACACUUUAUGAGGAAGCUCUGUUGUCAUAUAGAAAGGAAAUUGUACACCAGUUACACAGCAAUACUCCUGAAGACCUGGAGAGAAAUUUGGAUCAGAUUAUGCAAUGGAUUGAGCAAUGGAUGAAAGACAACAAUUGACAUUUGGUGCAAAAGAACUCUGCUGGAUCUCUUCUGGGGGUGAGGGGUGUUAAUAUUUGACAAUUGUAAUUCUUGUAUGAUACAUUAAAAUUAAUUUUAUUGUUAUUUUGCAUGGCUGGGGACCAGACAAAAGCAUGGAAGGCUGAAGGCUUUGAACAGCCUCUGGGGGAGGCAUACAGGAAAACUGACAAAGUGAAAAUUCUGCAGUCAAUGAAAGUCACAGUUGCCUUAGUAGGAGGAACUAGGUUCAAUAAUAAGAAUUUCUUUGAGCUUGCAAGUAAAACCAGGCCUCCUCCCCCAGGAUCCCCAAGAAAACCGUAAAGUCCUGAUAACUGGUGGCAGCUGUGGAGCUUUAUACCAAAUUUUUGAUUUCUGAAACAGUAUCCUGAAAAGGGGUUAGUCUGUUUCUGAACUGUUAGACUAAAACCUUCUGUACUCUACUGCCUUCUUGAAUAUGUGGAGGCCAACAUGGAAUGAGGGUUGUAUGAUAAAGUUUAAGGAGGGUGCUUCGUUUGGGUAGAAGAGACAUGACUUAGUAAGGGAGAUAUUUUAAAGUCCUUACACAAAACUUUGGGAAUUACUUACGCUGUAAGGAAUCAUCAGCUAUAUCUGCACUGGAGUGGUGUAUUAAACAAUAAGUUUUAUUUCUCUGUUUCCUCUCUGUAUCACCCACCUCUAUCAUAUUUAUCAUUGUAAGUUUAUCACAGAAAUAUUUGGUGGGAAUAACAAACCUCCUGCAAUCCAAAACAUGGUUACACUUAAGAUGCUGGCAGCUAUCUGUUCUCAGUGCUUGUAAAGCCUGGGUCCUGGAAGAGCAUGAAAUAACCUUUCUUAUUGAUAAUGUGGAUUGUAAAGCCUCAUGAAAGAUUCUUGCACAAGUAGAAAGUGCUUGCUAAUUAACUUUUUAUAUGCAUGAGUCUGGGUAAUAAAAGUCUUACUACCUUGAAAA